AUGAUGGCAGAAGAAGCACAGUCUCCGUACAUCAUUCAGAAUUCCACUGAUGUGGUUCUGCUGGACUGUAAGGAAGCAUUUGAAGGACUUUCUGCUAAAGAGAGACACUAUGCUCACCACCUAGCUCAGGCCAGCUUUAAGGGAGGCUUGAUUGUGCUCUUUCAGACAUCACCAGAGUCUCCAGGACUGUUUGUGUUGCUACAGAAAUUGUUCAGAGCUCAAACUCCUAAAGAAAUAUUGGAACUUGCACAAUCGUUGGGAUUCUCCACAGAAGAACAAGAGGCAUUUCUAAUUUAUGCAGCUGCCUUUUACUCAAAUAUGGGAAACUACAAGUCAUUUGGUGAUACAAAGUUUGUGCCAGGGGUUGAUAAGGCAAAGGUAGAGGCUUUGAUAAAAGCUAGUUCAGCAUACAAAAAGGAUGAGGUGGGAAUGCAGAAAUUGUGGGAUGCAGUGAAAGAGAGAAUGUUUUCUUUAGACGGUAAACAAAAGGAACUGGGACUUGGCGAAAAGGGAACAUCAACUUACUACUCUGCCAACUGUGAUGAGCGUGAUGCUAAAAUUGCACAGGAGUUUCUUAUUUCACAGAACAUCAGCCCAUACAACACUCGGUUAUUUAAAACUCAGGAUGAAGCUGGGCAGACUUUGUACGAGGUCAGACUGGCAUCAGCCGCAACAGAUGUAUCAGCAGUACCAGGGUAUCCAGAUGGCAAGGUUCUAGGUGACUAUAGCUUCACCCCCGAGAACAGCCAGCAGGCAUACAAGUUCCGGGUCACCAGGGGGGACUACUCAACGCUUAUGGCUCUUCUCUCACAGGAGCUGGAGCAGGCAGAGAAGUAUGUAUCCAACGAUGUAGAGAAGCAGAUGCUAGCUGAGUAUGUCAAAAGUUUUUCCACUGGCUCCCUGCCAGCUCACAAAGAGGGAUCUCGAUACUGGAUUAAAAACAAGGGCCCAAUUGUUGAAACAUAUAUUGGUUUUAUAGAAUCAUACAGAGAUCCAUAUGGUGUGAGGGGAGAGUUUGAAGGUUUUGUGGCUGUUGUCAACAAAGCCAUGUCAGUAAAGUUUGCCGAAUUGGUCCGCAGUGCAGAGCACAUGCUGGCCCACCUGCCCUGGCCACCAGAAUAUGAGAAGGACAAAUUCUUGCAGCCAGACUUUACCUCCCUAGAUGUCCUUGCAUUCGGUGGAAGUGGUAUCCCUGCAGGAAUCAACAUUCCAAACUAUGAUGACAUCAGGCAAAGUGAGGGAUUCAAAAACGUGUCUCUGGGAAAUGUGCUGACCUCAGGAUACAAGGACACAAAAAUCACAUUCAUUAGAGAUGAAGACAAAGAAUUGUACUCCAAGUAUAAGAUUCAGUCUUUUGAGGUCCAAGUUGGGCUGCAUGAACUCUUGGGUCAUGGCAGUGGAAAACUGUUUAUUGAGGAGUCACCAGGGAAAUUUAACUUUGAUAUAGACACUGUUACUCACACUGAAACCAAAGAGAAG